GUUCCAGUUCUCUUCGUAGGGAAGUUAUCCGUGUUAGUUUUCUGAGCUUUGUUUUGAAGUGAGUGACAGUAAAUUAGACUUAAAAAAAAAAAAAAACGUUAAAAAUAAAUAAAUAAAUAAAACCCCCUGUGUGUAACCAUGGAGCGCCCGAGGAGUUCUGAGGUCGCGUGCGCGUUCACGCGCCGGUAAUAGCGCUGACGCACUGUUCGGGCGCGCGCCAGCGUGUGUGUAAUGUGUGUGUGUGUGUGUGUGUGUAAUGUGUGUGUGUAAUAUGUGUGUGUGUGUAAUGUGUUGUGUAUUGAUUCGCACUUUGAUGUGAAUGAACGGACGGAAUGGAUGUGUGAGAAAAAGGUACAACCUGAACCUGUUCAUCCUGAAGGCACCUGUCUGAAAAGAAGAUAGAAAUACUUAAAGAUGAAUUACUCUUUCCUCUCUGAUGUGUCUCACAAGUGGUUCCUGGUCAUGCAGAGUGAAAGAAUGAAUUUCCUCCUCAUCCCUGCUAUUCUCCUCACUACCAUCGCUCUGGUUAUAAACCCAUUACUCCUCUUCUGUAUCUUCUGUAGUCCAUCUCUCCGACAGGAAACACGCUACCUCCUGCUGGCCAAUACACUGCUAUCGGACAUCCUCUUCCUCAGCUUCAACCUUGCCAACAUCUCCUGUAAUGCGCUGGACAUGGAAAUGCACUACAUAUUCUGUGAGGUCUUAAUGGUUGCCACUGUGACUACAUACUGCUCCUCGGUGUUAACUGUCACGCUGAUGGUCAUUGACACGUUUAUGGCCGUGCGUUGGCCACUGCGCUACAAUGAAAUCCUGCCUCUGUCACGAGUAAAGAAGAUAGUCGGAUUGGUGUGGGUGAUAGCCGUGAUGUAUCCAGUCUCACUGGUGGUGGUGAUGGCAGUCACAAAACGGGGUAACCCAGAGAACCUGAAGGUGUGUCUGGUGCUGCUCACUCUAGGGACCCUGGAAGAAGACAUCAAGGUCGGUCUGCAUAUCUACUUCAGCGUGUGGGUGAUUUUCUGCACUGUGCUCAUCCUCUACUGCUACAUCCGUCUCUACAUGGUCACCAGGAGCUCUGGGAUAUGGCGCAGUCGCUACUCACGAGCCCGGAUGACUUUGCUAGCACACGCUGUGAUGUUGCUAACAUACUUCGCACCCGGUUUGGUGUUUACAGUGGAGCUGGCACAGUUUGAGGAGUUAUCUAAACAUCUGCACCUGACUGUGUGGAUCAAUGUGGCGAAUAUGGCUGUGCUGAUGGUUGUGCCACGUGCUUUCGCCCCGUACAUGUAUGGCUUGCGUUACCGUGAGGUCUAUGAGACGGUUCAGCUGAUGCUGUGGAAAAGAUGCCUCAGCCAGCGCACCAACAGUUCACCAACACCAACCGGCCCUUAAGC